UUUUUAAACCCCUCAAUGAGAACCCAGCCUCACGAUGUGGAAACCCACCAACCAAAUCGUUAUAUUCAGUCUCACGAGCCAUGAAUGAAAAUCUAACCGACCUUGUGGUGAAAUGAACACUAGACACGGAGGCCACGAUCCAAAAUGAAAUUAAUACGAUUUGCAGAGAAAUUCGUGUUAUUUGUUGGACACUGGUUGACGCUAUUCGAUUAGUGCUGAAUAACGCGGGAGAAAACUGCAGGAAAAUGAGCAUGAUUUUCACAUUUAGCACUAGGGCACGCCACCCUUUCAGGCUAGAACUGUGAAAUUCAGGGAAAUGGGCAUAAGUUUUUGUUGGCACGCGAAUUGUUGUAGGUGUUGCAGGCAGGUAUGCAUUUAGCAAAUGCUAUGGCCUGAGCCAAAAAACUUGACUUGAAGCAGCUGUGACCUUACAUGCAAGACAUGGUGCCUCUUCUUGGCAUUUUUUUAUCCUGACAUUUUUCGCCGCGAACCAAGUUGAAGGGGAAAAUAAUACUUUCAAAGACUCAGAAGCAAAAGGUGCAGUAAAUUCUUCAGCGAAUUAUGGAGUUUAAGGCAAGAACAAAAGUGGACAGAAUAGUUAUUCCCUGCACUGCCUACACAGAACGAUGCAACGAUGUUGUGGUGGCGCUGAAUGACACAGACUCUUCUGGCAUCUCUGGAAAGGGAUGAUUGUAUGAAUUCCAUUUUUUUAAAACAGAUCUGCAACUUACUAGAAAUAUGCUUUUGCUUCACAAUAGAAUUAGAAACCACAUAUUGAAAUCUUUACAGAUAAUUCAAAAUUAGAAGGAAUGUGCUUAAAAUUUAGCAUAAAACAUUGAACUUUUCAUGCAACCUUGUUCUUAUUUAAUAUAGGUCUGGGAAUGAAAUGUAAAGAAGAGAUUGACAAAAUGCAAUGUACGGGAAAUUAGACAGUAGGACAGUGUUUAAUCGUUUAUUUUAGUCGUUUAGAAUAAGGAUCGUUUUUUUUUGUUAGCUUUUUGUUGUUGCCUGUAAUGUAGCUCCUCUCUGAUUUGCAUGAGAUUGAAUUCUUGGUCUAUGACUUGCCUGUAAUUAUUGUUUCAUCUUUCUAGAGAAUCAGCUGUAUUAGUCAACUGUUAAUUAUUGUUGUAUUUUCUCAUAGCUUGAAAUUCUUUCUACUUCAGCAUGUUAGAAAGACAAGGUGCCCACAAGCAAUUUUUCAAUCUUUCGCUUUGUCUGCUAUCUACGGCUGUUAGUGGCUGUUGAAGCUUGUAAUAUGAUAAAGUGUGUUUUGUACUUAUUGUGUUGAUUCUGAUAGCUGCUAUGUAGCUGCACCCAUUCUUUCAUCUGCUUAUUGCAUAGUAAAUGAUUUGGAGUAUGUGUACUGGCAUGUGGACAGGUACAACAUUCAAAUUAAGGCACAUGAGUAAAUGAAUAAGAUUAUGGCCAUAUAAUAUAUUAAUAUAAUCACCAAAUGAUUUGUAUAUGGGUUUGAGGAUGCAGUCCUACUCCUUGAACAUAUUUGAACUCCCUUUUAACAAUUACUUUUUUUUAAAAAAUUAUUUAUAUCUUUAUGGUCGAAUUUUUUUCGACUCAAACUGUUUAGAAAGGGAAGCUGUUCACCUACAUUGCCUCUGUUAAUUGGCAUGAUGAAUGCAGAUGGUUUAUACAGAUGUUAGAGACUGCUGGAGGUUGUAGUUUGAUUGUCUUUGUUAUUUUCCAUAUAUAUGCUGAUAAGUCUAUGUAUUUGUUGAUUUUGUUGACUGAUUUUGAUGAGUUUGAGUUUUGGUUAUGACAUAGUUGUACCCAUUUUUUAUAUCUUCUAGAACAAUUGUCAUUACUAGUUUAGUGCUAUUAUUCUGUUAUUAUUCUCUUUUAUUGUGGUGGCAUUUUUAUUUUCUCCUAUUCAUGAAAAAGGUAAGUUGCACACAUCGUGAAAUUCAACUGUGUUCUUUCAUUGUUUUAAAAUCUAUAUGCUUCCCCAAAGCUGUCGGAUGGAUCUCAUAAUUUGAGAUUGGUAUUUCAUGUGUAUUCUGAUAGGGAUAAUUUAGUUGUUUUUGGACUUAGAUGAGCUUGAAUCUAGGUUUAUGACCUGAUUGAAUUAAUUGCAUUUAUUUUCUAGAGCAGUUUCUUGUAUUAGAUAACUAUUGCUCUUAUUAUUAUUAUUAUUAUUAUUAUUUAUAUAAGUUUUGUUGAUCAUGAAUAUAUAUUACAAAGGCAGGAAUCAAUGCCAGAGGGAGUAGACUUCUGACCAAAACAAUAAGUCCUCCCCAGCUGAAGGCAGAAUAACAAAACAGAAAAGGCACAAGCAGAGAUGUCGUGCUAACUAUUAUGUUCACCGGAUAAGUUCUUACUUAUGCAUGCUGAAUGCCUUAAUUGGCCUUUCUAUCUUCAAGAUGUCAUUGUUCUAUUUUCUUUUAGCUGUCUCGAGCUUAUACUUCUGAUAUAGGCUCUUUGGUAUUGCAUGUGUAUGCUGAUAGGGAUAAUGUAUUUGUUUUUCUGUUUGUUUAUAUGAGCUUGAAUUUCGCCGAUGACUUGAUAAUUCAUUUUACUAAUUGUUUUUAUCCUCUAAAGCAAUUGUCAAUAUUAGACAACUAUUGUUAUUGUUCUAUUUACUGUGGUGCAAAUUGUUUUUAGCCCCUACUGGUUAAAAAGGAAGUCACUGAACUAGUGAUUCCCAGUUUUAUGAGUUGAUCUGCAACUUUUUCUUUUAUUGAUCUUGUCUUGCACUUGUCUUGCAUUUACAGCUCUCAAUGGCUGCCGCAUUUCACAAUUUUGAUGAAUUGUCUUUGGUAUUUUUCAGGUCACUGCUAAUAUAUACUAUGUAGCUUCUUUCUGACCAAUUUGAUUUCUGUUUAAUCAUUGACUGUGCUUUACAUUUUAGCAGCAGUUUUUCAAUAAAACUGGUUACUGUAAAUUUAUUUGUGUUUACCACUUUGUUCGCGUAGGAACUUUAGCCCUUCCUAUUGUUUAGGAAGGGCUCUUAGUGAUUCCUUUUAUUCUUGAAGCUAAUUAGCAACUGGUUUGUUUCUCGGAUCUUGGUUUUUGCUUAUUCAGUUGCUGGCAGAGUUUGUAAUUUUGAUGGCUAUAUAUAUACAUCUCUAGAGCUUUUGUACAAGGUUGGGUGAAUUUUGCAUCUUCGUCAAUCAUAAAUUAUGACAGAGAGUUGUAUGCUUUGAUGCAGUGGGUUUCAGAUAUCUGUGGCUCCUAUUGGGAAGAAAGGAAGCCAUCAUGUGUCCCUAUGAUGCAUGGACUUGGUGAAUUUCUUUUGGUGUAUGCUUGAAUUAUCAUGAUGGUUCAUUUACAUUUAAUAAAUUUUAUGUGUUUGUGUAUGUGUUUUCUGGGAAGGACUACUGAAGUUUGUUUCCAGGAUAACAUAAGUAGGCUCUCUUAUCCAAAAGAUUCAUACAUUUUGAUAGACUGAACAACCUUAUCUUAGAACUGAUUUGUAUUGUUUUUGGGACACUUUUUUGGCAAUCAUCUGCAUAGAGAAUUAUCCGAGCCAAGUGCCAGGACUCAGGAUCAAUCAAAUUGAUUAUUAUGAUGUAGACAGGAUUUAAUUAAAUCCUUUAAUCAGAUGUUUCCUUCAAUGUAUACAAGAUCUAAUUAAUUUUUUUAGUUAAAUGUUUCCUUGAAUGAAGCUCUAGCUGUAAAUCUAUGGCAACUAAUUACUUGGUGUUUGAUCUCUGAAUUUGUCUGGUAUGGAUUAAAAUUUGAGGAUAUUGAGUUGUUGAACAGAUGAGAGAAAAAUGGCAAGGAAUCUGAGGUUUGAAAUAUCCUCUACUAGUUCAGAUGGAUCAAAUUUUCCCAGGAGGGGUACAUCAUUACAUGGAGAAAAUUUGCCUCUGUCAAAGGUUCUACCUUUGGAUAAACUGUCAAUGGGAGAUCAGACAUUUCAUUGUCAUCCAGAACUGAAAAGCGUGACUAAUGCUGUAAUGAGAACUGUGAUAGAGGAUCCAUCAUUGGGUCCAGUGCAGGGUAAACCUCUUUCUUCUCUUGGAGUAGAGCUGAAGCAAGUAAGGAGUUGUGUCACUGAAAAUUCUCUCAAGGCGAGAGAGUGGAGAAAUAUUUUGAAUGAAUAUCCUGAACGAAUGUUGCGGCGAAAGAGGUCUCGUACAGUACGUGUUCCAAAUAAACGAGUUCACAACUUCAUGAUGGACACACGAGUUCGUAUCAGAAAUGCCUCUCCAGAAGUGGAAGGGCACCCCAACAAUAUGCCUAAACCAUCUGCAACGAUAAAUGGGGGAAAAUAUAAUUUGAGGUCUGGAAAGCGCUCCAACACUACGUUUAAACCAUCAGGAUAUAUGUUGAGGUCUGGAAAGCGCUCCAACAAUACGUUUAAACCAUCAGGAUAUAUGUUGAGGUCUAGAAAACCUGCAAGUCUGUUAACGCACAAGGAUUGGACCUUACCAGCUGGAAGUGAAAGUUGGGAAAAGGCAAAAAUGACAGGAAGACGUUCUGGUAUACAGCAAAGGCCCAGCACUGAGAGUCACUUGAGUCCAAGUGAAAGCCAUGGCUUCAGGUCAAAUAUUUCCAACAAAAACCAUUCAGCAAGCCCCACAAAAGGAAAGGGUUCUCGUGCAUUUGCAAAAUCCCCAACAUUUGAUAGUCGGCAACAGACUGGUGGUUCAAACAUUUGCGAGCAUCUAUUUUCAAUUCAUGUAAUCCAGUUGCCUGAUUUGGAAGACAUCGGUUCUUGGUUAAAUGUUGAGGAUGAUAGCUUGCCAGAUGUUGACAAUGAAAAUUUCUCGAGUCUUCCUGUACCAAUGGAUAAUCUAGAUGAAAUUUUUGGUGAUCACAUGAUUUGCUUGCUUUGUAACAAAGUGUUUUAUGUUGAUUUUGAUGCUUUCCCUAAUAUCUAAGUUUAUGACAAGCAUUCCAUUCCGGUCAUUGCUUUCAAACAAGACUGCGAAGCAGAGUAUUCCGUGUCACAAAUAUUUGUUGAUCAUGCUUUUUGAUAUGGCCAUCUCUUACAAGCUGCAUAAUCUGCAUGCAUUUAAAUUUUGUUCUUUAGACUUGAAAAAUCUUACAUUUCCUAUUUGAUUGAGGAUCCCGUUCACCUUUGAAUCCCAAAUUCAAUGGUAGUACUCGUUCAGAAGCAUUUCACUUAUGAUUCUUCCAAUAGCAAAUCAUUUUUGUUUUGUGUUAGUGUAUCUAUUAAGGCCAAACCGACCUUGAAGUUUUUGGCAUCCUUUAAGCAAAUGCUAUUUUGUAUUCA